CUCUCUUUCUUGGUUGUGGUUCAAGAAUCCUUAGCCUGAAGUAAGCUGUGAUUGGACAGAUCUGAAAGCGCACACACACAUCUCCUCUGUCAACCCAAAGGGUGGAGUGACUCUUUUGAAAAUGCAAAGUCUGAAGGGAGAGGCUGCAGAAAGGAUUUGUGUACGGCGCAGUUUGGAUAAAUUUUAAAUGCUUGCAUUGCUGGGCUACACUCUUUAAAAUUAAAGAUUAUUUGUCGGCCUGUAUGGUUCUAUACAAAACCUUUCAUAUUCACAGAAGCUCAAACGAUUUAUUGGAAAGGGUUCAACAAGGUAAGAACGAAAUGAUUUUUAUUAAACUGAAAGAUUUGGGGAACCAAAAAUGUGAACCCUGUGUAGCACCUUCGUUUUCUAAGAGGGAUGGAGUCCAAUCCUGACAGUUCGACCGUCAGAACAUCUGUGGAUAUCUCAAGUCAUGCAAGGUUCACGCAUCCGCGCUGCGCGUAAAAGCGAGUGGCUGAAAUGCGCUCUUGCGCACCACUUCAACCCAGAUCCUGGGGUUGAAAACGAGAUCGUGGUUUUGGCCACAGGUGUGGACCAGUAUCUCCAGGAAGUCUUUCAUCACCUGGCUUUUUACAACUGCGACAAUCUCGUGUCAGAUGUGGACUUUAGGAUUCUAUGUUUGGUUUUGGGAAUCUCCAUUAACGCAGAGACAGAAAACGGCGCGUCGGAGCAUGAAGACAUUUGUUACGCGCUUCCUCGUGCGCUUAACUUCAAAGAGUUUCAUGCACGUCUUUGUGGAUUUUUCUCCGUUAAAGCACACGAAGGGAAUAGCGGAGCUCGACUCCCGGUGAGUGAAGAGACGGAGCACAUCGAGAGGGAGAUCAGACUGCGCCAUCCCAGAGUCCGGAGGAGAAAGUGUGUGAGCUUUGAUCUGUCUAAAGAUCAGAACCGAAAGAUUUCAGAGAGAGAAUCUGGACUCUCUCAGAAUCUGGAUCAGUCUCAAAACUCGGUUGGGGACUUAAGGAAAACCACAGUGGAUAUUAACCCCCAGAGGAGAUGGAAGGACCAGCUAGAGUUGGAAAACGCCAGUCUACGGGAGCUGGUGGAGGAUUUGCGUUCGGCCCUGCAGAGCAGCGACGCGAGGUGCAUGGCACUGGAGGUGGCGCUCCGCCGAAAACAAGUGGCAUCCCAAAAUGCUGCUGCUGAGAGACAAGACUGUAAUGAUAGAACCAAAACAAAAAGCAGACAAUCCAAACCCACGGAAAGAAGCACUAAAGACCUCUUACGAGAGCUGGAGCUGAUCCGUGCCUCCCGUGAUGGACAGCUGGAGGAAGCCAUGCGGUUCAACCAGAGGUUAGAAGAGGAGCUGAUGGGAGCUUACAGAGAGCUCAAUAAGAUGCAGGAGACAGUGGAGAGCGUCCGGAGAGAAAACGCCCGGAUCAAGAAAAGGGCGGAGGAUGCGAGAGGAGCUCUUGCCGCAGGUUUGGAGAGGGUCAGGGCCUUACAAGAUCAGGCCCAACAUACUGACCUGCUUCAAGAACAAGUCCAAAGUCUGGAGGCUCAGCUGGAGAUGUUCAGGACUCAGUGCACCUGCAGGGAAGUGAAUAUAAACCAGACAGAGAUGCUAGAGGAGUGUAAAUCUUCAUCCCCCGCAAGUCAGCACGAAAUCUUUACCAGAAAAGAAGAGAGCCUGCAGAGAUCAGUGGAGGGUCGAGCAGCUUCAGAUGAGGAAGAGGAUGAAAUGUGCGCGGAUGAAGGGCAGUGCUGCCUCCUGGAGGUGAAACGCCUCAUCAACAGAUUGCAUGGCUGUGCCAAAGGGUGUCAGAAAGCAGCUAUAUGUCACUGGCUUGUCUCUCAAAGCCAAAGCAGAGAGUUUAAAAUGAAGGGAAAAGUCUGUAUUACAGGCGAGGAUGAGUUGGGACAUGAAUCAAUGAGGAUACAGAAGACACAGACAAACGCUUUGAGAUUGGGAGAUCAGAUGAUGAAGACCGAGAGUGUGCGUCAUUCACUUCUUCAGCUACAACAUAAAAGAAUUUCGCGCAGGGCCUUAGGGAAAAUUUUACUCGACACAUUGGAUCUGUGUAGCAGGGAAAGCCACGACUGCACUCCAGUGUCCCAGGUAGUGGACACUCUGUGCCAACAGCUUCUCUCCAGUGACCUCUUGGAUGAAGGAGAGGAGGUCAGCAUAGGUUCACAACCUUUGACCUCGGGUCACAGAAACACAGCCAAUCCCAUUGUGAUGUCCUGCUGAGAACAGUACAGAUGUCCCAUUUGAAAGUCAAUGGCCCAGAUCUUCACUUUAACUGAUCUUGUUAAUACUGAAAACUAAUAUCUUAAACUAAUUGAUAUAUCUAGGAAAGUGGAUAAUAUAUGCAUUUGGAGAAAAAGGCUAAAUCUGUAACCAAAGCAUUCUUGGAUAAAUCUAUUUUUAAUUUUAUAUAUUUUAUUUAUAUUGUUUAUUGCUACAGAACAUUAACGGUGUAUUUGAUAACAGAGCAAACGUCACAUGGAAUAAAUAGCUCAGAUAACAUUGACAAAAUAACAAAAUGUACUUAAAAUGUAACAAAAGUGUUACUUUAUUUUUAAGGGUUUGUAUCCAUAUUUUGUACUCUGUUGUGGCAGAGUGCAUUAAAUCAUUUUUACACUGCAUCUUUUUUCAUACUGUAUAUUAAUUCUAGUUUUUAAACUAGUGGUUACUGGUUCAGUACCCGUUUAGGUAGACAAUGUAUGUAUACAUUUGAGGUACUAAUAUGAACUUUUUUUAAUGCAAAUUUGUACUUUUUGAAAGGGUACCGCCAUGGGACUUUUGUUGUGAUGAUGCACUUCAUCUGUCUGAGUAAAAGGUUACAUUCUUCCAGUACUGUAUAUGACCUUCUUAC